AUGAUGGAGAACCAGCCGCCCCUCACAUCACCGGAUGGAUCCAGUAAUAGGAACCCACCAGAGAGAUGUCCCCGUCCUCUGGAUUCCUGGGAUGCCAUGCAGGAGAAUAUCCAACAGGGUUGUCAGGUUGAUGGGGUGACUGUUAUUAAAGUUGAAGAUGAUGAGAUGUUUAUGAGUGGUGACGAGGAAAAUGAAAUCCCUCCAGAGAUCAGCCCAGACCCCGAAGACUCCACAGCUUCUCAUACAGAUGUCAGUGUUGAGGAGAAGGAAGGACAUGUGAAGAUUAAAGAUGAGGAACUUUCUGUAGAGAUCAGCACAGGU